AUGAUGUUCUCUGAAGAAAGCAAAAUGUCCAGUCCACCUAGUAAUGGAGGCAGCCCACCACAGGUUAAUAGCACGGACACACAUCACGCCAACAUCUCCACCCUGGAGUUCAUCUUCAUCUGCUUUCCAGAAAUCCACACCUGGGAUAUUUCUGGUAUUCUGCUGUUCUUCCUUCUGGUGGCCCUUAUCUCCAAUAUCUUGUUGCUUGUAGUGAUUGUCAUAGAACCCAGGCUCCAUCAUCCCAUGUACUACUUCUUGGCAAUGCUCGCGGUGAUGGAUAUUUGUCUCAGCACUGUCGCCACACCCAAGAUUCUGAUGAUGCUGUGGACAGGCAAUACGAAUGUGACCGCCAGCUCCUGUUUCACCCAAAUGUUCUUCACUAUUAUGUUUUCAGCUGGAGAAUCUUCCAUAUUCCUAGUCAUGGCUUAUGACCGCUAUGUGGCCAUUUGUAAUCCUCUCCACUACCCUUCCAUCAUCACGAAACAAUUUGUGGCCAAAGUUUGCAUGUUCAUUGUGGUCAGAAACAUGGCUGUGGCCUUGCCUAUGCCUCUGCUGGCGGUAAAUCUAGAUUACUGCUCUAGCCGAGAGAUUCUUCAUUGUUUUUGUGAGAACAUGUCUGUAGAGAAACUGUCCUGCAGUGACAAUACUUCCAGCAGCAUCUACGGCCUGGUGAUCUUCAUCGUGGUUGGCGGCAGCGACGUUCUGCUCAUCAUCAUAUCAUAUUCUGUCAUCCUACAAACAGUGGUGGUGGCUCGUUCCUUCAGCGCUGCCUCCAAAGCUUUCCGUACAUGCGGUUCUCACCUCAUCGUCAUCUGCAUGUUUUACAUUACAAUUGCCACUACAAUGAUCUCAAAUCGAGCAGUCAAGGAGAUUCCCAGACCAGUGCAUGUUGUUCUGUCUCUUCUCCAUCAUCUCCUGUCACCAGCUCUGAACCCAGUCGUGUACGGUGUCCUGACCAAGGAGAUCCGACAUGCUAUACAAAGAAUGCUGGGGAAGAUGAAAAUUCAUCCAUGA